GUUCGAAAGAACAAAUUAAUUUAAUUCCAACAGAUACAGUCAAAGGAGUGCGUACAUGAACUUAUUUGUGUCUCCUUCCAAUUCACGCCUUGCCAAGUCCAAUUCUCCUGCAGUUUGCGUUCCCGCGGGGGGUUCACCCCAACUGCCGCUGGCAACCAGGCCAACCAGUAAAUGACCGAGGUAUUUGGCCUAUGAGCCAUUCUUAUUCAACUUCCUAACUCGGUAAGCGACAUCGCCUUUUUUUUUUGUUUGUUUCCGAGCAGUCUAAUUCUGCAUCUACUCUUCUACCUACAUAUUAAUUUAAAUCUGUCAAAAGUCCCACAAGCUGAAGCCCUUUUUUUUUGCGCUGUCGACCCUAAAAAGUUUUAGCUGCGGCUAAUGAUGUCAGAUGAAUCUGGCUGUCUCAACCAACGUAACGACCUGUGCCUGCAUUUCAUGUCCGAUGGAUGAAAAUUCCCAUGGCUUGCCAAGUCUCCGGGGAACGGGGUUUUUUGCCAAUUCCAUCAUCUCCCCUCAGAUAAGCAUGGUCGAACCAAGACACCAAGCCACUGGGCCCUUUGGACGGGUAAAAUUACCUUGCCAUGCAAAAGCCAUGCUUUGCACCUCAUCCCAAAUCGAGAAACGUCCUCCGGUGCCUUGCAAGGCCGAACGGGAACUAACGUCUGGGCAACACUCGAUUGAUAGGAGUGAUUUGUUUUGUUCUCCUCUCCCUAUCCACAUAUAUCCGUCACAUCAUAACCCCCUCAAGCCAAACGCCAAGCUAAAAAGCGGAUGCCAUCAUCAUCAUGACCAGAAUCCGAUUCGCCCAUCCCCUCACAAUGCCGGGCGGGUGCUCCUCCGCUUUUGUUGUUUCCCCCAUAGCGGUAAUUGCAAGACGUGGUAAAGGCUGCAACCUUGCGAUAGCAUGGGGGGAGACAGGAUUACCGAAUGGCCGCCAAGACGGCGAGGUCACAAACUAUAGGAAAGUACCAAGUUGAAAAAGAGCAGACAAAAGACGUGGAACCAAGCCAUGGCAAUUCGCUUCGGGGUAGGUGGCCGCUGACGCGUUUCUACCACUGCAUUCUUUGUUCGUAAAGCGGAGAACUCAAGACUUAUAAGACAACGGGAUCGCUUCUUAGCCUGUGCUUGUCUUUGUUUCUUUUUUCUCACCUCCGCUCUUCCAGGGUGCCCGUUCUUGGUUUGCUUGUCUGCACAAAUCCAUCCAGCCAUAGCUUCCACCCCUGCAGUCAUCAGAAGACGCUCGAACCCGAGUGGUCAUCUUUGUGCAGCAGUAGACACAAAGCACCAAAAAAGGAACAGACAUCAGCAAUUUUCGCCAUGGCCCCUUCAAGCUGGGUCCUCGCGGCCGCGUCGCUGCUGUUCGGUCAGGCACUAGCCCAGUGCCAGGGCACUUCGCCCACUCCUAGGUGGAACAUCCAGAUGGAGUCUGGAUACAGCAGCAAACUACUCCUAAAUGGCCUAUCCACACCCCGAGGCAUCGACUUUGAUCGCCAGGGCAACCUGCUCAUCGUCGAGCGUGGCCGGGGAAUCUCAUACGUCAAGCUGACCGAGGCAGCCGACGGCAGCGUGUGCGUCCAGGAGCGGAAGCUGAUCAUUAACGAUGCCGAGCUCAACCACGGAAUCGCCAUGUCGCCCGACGGCAACAUGCUCUACGUAUCCAGCACUGAGAAUGUGUACCAGUACGUAUACGACGGUGUAGCCGGCACGGCCACCAGCCGCAAGACGCUCGUGACGGGAAUGACAGUUCCAGGAACCACGCACCCGACGCGGUCGCUGCUCGUGUCGCGCGCCAACCCGGACCUGCUCCUCGUCCAGCGCGGUUCCAACGGGAACCUGGACGCCGACGCCGCAAGGGAAGAGGUCGGCCGCAGCGUCGUGCGUUACUUCAACAUUUCCGAGGUCGCCGCGGCAUCAGAGCCGUUCGCCACGGGCGGCAGCCUGCUUGGCAUGGGUCUACGCAACAGCGAGGCCAUUGGCGAGAAUGUUCCCAGGGGAGAAUUCUGGUCCGUCGAGAAUUCGGUCGACAACCUCGCGCGUCAGGGCCGCACCAUCAAUAACGACAACCCGGCCGAGGAGAUGAACUUCCACGGCCGCAUCGAGGCCGGUAACCCGCUGCUGGGCGGCAACUACGGCUACCCCGAGUGCGUGGCGGCUUGGGAGCUCUCGACGCUCGCCAACCCGGCGUUGUCCGUCGGAUCGCAGAUCGCCAUCUCGGUGCCCGUCGGCGCCAACGUCGCGACGGCCGACUCGUCCUGCCAAAAAUACCUGGGCCCGCGGCUCGUCUUCCCGUCGCACACGGCACCUCUCGACGUCAAGUUCACCGCCGAUGGCAAGUACGCCUUCAUCGCGUUCCACGGCAGCUGGAACAGGUCGCCGCCCGACGGAUACCGCGUCGAGAGGGUCGAAUUUGGCGCCGACGGGCAGCCCGUGGCCAACUCGACAAGUAAAACUGCUGCCGUGGCCGUCAUGAAGAACGGGAACAAUGCCGUGUGCCCCGGUCAGUGCUUUAGGCCCGUCGGGCUUGCGUUUGACCCCAAGGGGAGGUUGUUCAUGUCGAGCGAUUCGACCGGGGAGGUUUACGUCCUAUCCGGUGGCACUGGGCUGGGUGCAUGAGGGAUUUGUGGUUGGGUGUGGUUUUGUGUUGUAUGUAGGUGAAAGGGUUGCUUUUUUUUUCUUGUUAGCUUCGUGUUUAGCGCCUUACAUUGAAAGUUUCGAUCGACUAGUCAUGUUGUAUUCUGCCG